AGGAUAUAAAGUGUGAUUGAACUGAACAUCAAUUUGGUUGAGCUUCAUCAUGAACCGUGCUUUUAGCAGAAAGAAAGACAAAACAUGGAUGCAUACUCCUGAGGCUUUAUCAAAACAUUACAUUCCCUAUAAUGCAAAGUUUCUUGGCAGCACAGAAGUAGAGCAGCCCAAGGGAACAGAAGUUGUGAGAGAUGCUGUAAGGAAACUCAAGUUUGCAAGACAUAUCAAGAAAUCUGAAGGCCAGAAAAUUCCCAAAGUUGAGUUGCAAAUCUCAAUUUAUGGAGUGAAAAUUCUAGAACCUAAAACAAAGGAAGUUCAACACAAUUGCCAGCUUCACAGAAUAUCAUUUUGUGCAGAUGAUAAAACUGACAAGAGGAUAUUCACUUUCAUAUGCAAAGAUUCCGAGUCAAAUAAACAUUUGUGCUAUGUUUUUGACAGCGAAAAGUGUGCUGAAGAGAUAACAUUAACAAUCGGCCAAGCAUUUGACCUGGCGUACAGGAAAUUUCUAGAAUCUGGAGGAAAAGAUGUUGAAACAAGAAAACAGAUUGCAGGGUUACAGAAAAGAAUUCAAGACUUAGAAACAGAAAAUAUGGAACUUAAAAACAAAGUACAAGAUUUGGAAAACCAGUUAAGAAUAACCCAAGUAUCAACACCUCCAGCAGGCGGCGUGACACCUAAGUUGCCCUCUACUGACAUCUUUGAUAUGAUUCCAUUUUCUCCAGUAUCACCCCAGUCUUCAGUACCGACUCACAAUGGCAUGCAGCCGCCUCCAGUACCUAGCCGAUCUAACGAGAUUAAACGGGACCUGUUUGGAGCAGAACCUUUUGACCCAUUUAACUGUGGAGCAGGGGAUUUCCCACCAGACAUUCAAUCAAAAUUAGAUGAGAUGCAGGAGGGGUUCAAAAUGGGACUAACUCUUGAAGGCACAGUAUUUUGUCUCGACCCUUUAGACAGCAGGUGCUGAUGUAAAGAACAAGACGUCCUGAAUCUGUUAAAAUUGUUUUGUAUACAUAUAUAUAUAUCAGUCAUUAUUACUUAUGUCAGGUAUUAUAAAUGUGCCAAUAUAUUUUUGAGUCUGUUAACUUUUUGAGAAUUAUUUCAGUAAAAUUUCCUGAUGCAUUCACUGUUGAUCUGUAACAUUUUGCUUUAAGAACUCACUGUAAAUUAAAUCAUACUUUUAUGUUCCUUUCAGUUUAUUUGUAGAAGAAUUUAUAAUUAAGAGACAAAUUAUCCAAAUAUCUUCUUUUGUCUGAGUUCUGAAUAAUUAGCUUCUUCAAAGUUAUCUUCAUUCUCUAGGCUGCUAGUUUAUUAUUAAUUUCCCAAAAGCCGUACCUAAAUGAUACCUUUCAGAAUCCUAAGAGAUAUACCAAUGCCAAACUAAAUAUGUUCUAUAUUCAAACCAAUAAACAUGUUACCAUUCAUUAGACAGAUAUCAUUUUUUGUAUGAAAUGCUGUUCAUAUUAUUGGGAAAAUGUAAACUUUGAAUGUAACACCACCAUAUCAUUUUUAACAGGUAAAAUAACAGAAAUAUAAAUCCCAAUAAUAAUUAAACUAAAUGUGUUUAGAGUUGUUAUUACUAAGCUCUAGAUCAUAAUGUUAUUAUUAUCAGCUAUACUCUAAAUAUUUUAUUUCAUACAUAAAGAUUUUGGAAAAAUGAAAGCUUGCUAUUCACAAAGGACUUACAAUUUAGUUUCUAUCAAGAUAAGUUACAUUACUAAACAUCUAAAUGUCAUUUGAUCUGAUGGUUCCUAAAAAUGAUUUGGAAUAUAUACUGUCUAUAGUUGCAGCAUCUAUUACCCAUAUUUGCUUUACCAAAUAAAUUUUUUCUCACUGAAUAAGACUAUUCUUCUUAUAUUUCUCCCCUGAUUAAAGUAUUUUCCCACCAAGAUUUAUUUUGUUAUAGCCCAUUCAUUCUGAUACCUUAAAAAAUCUAUAGCACCUUUUCUUUAUGAAUUAUCAAUAUUAUUUAGCAAAUUUAAUGUUUUCUCCAUUAAAGUCAGGAUCUCAUUUUUGAAAUGAAUGGAAUUACUGCUCAGUUUAGUCUUUAACCUGAACAAUAACAUUCUCUUGUACCUGGCUCUUUUGCUGGUGAACUUCAGCUUUUAAAAAAAAAAAAAUUGUUUUCUAUAUAUUCACCUGUUAUGUAACAGACUCUAAUUUAUACAGAGUGCAGCAAAAAUUUAUGGUCAGAUAUAUAAUUUGGUUCAUCUCAUUAUAAGAAAAGUAAAUUAAAUUAAUGAAAAUGUGAGCUUAGAUAGAAGGUAGAUCUCAAAAAUUUUCUUUUAGUCACAGGAAUUUUCUUCAUGUGCUAAUGGUGCAUUUUCACUAGAAACAGAAAUCAAAUAUGCUUAUGCAAUAUUAUAUUUGUAUGUAUCUUCAUAAUAUUCUAUGGUCUAUAUAAGCCUUCCUCUUUGUUUUCUGUUAUCUGUUCAGUUGUACCUUAAUUAGAGGAUAGUAUAUGUUUCAUAAAGAAGAGUCUUUAUAAUUUUGUUUGUCAUAUAGUAUUUUGGAAUUUGUAUAAUGAGGAUGUUUAGAAGCCCUAUCAAUGGCUUUUUUUUAACAGAUAGAAUUUGUAUUUUUAUUGUACUUUAAAAAGCUUUAUGUAAUAGGUAUAUAUUUAGUGGCAAUUUAUUAUCAAUGGCAACACAAUAGAGUACUUUGCACAUUUAAAAUAAGUUACUUUACCAAUUUUUAAAGGUAAUCAAUCCUGCUACUGGCAUGAUUAAAUAGUAUAUAUAAUUGGUCAUUAAUUAUGAACAUUUUAUUUCACCAGUGCAUUUUUAUGAAGAUCCAGUUGCAAAUUGUAUUUCUAUGUAAACUCAAUGAUAUGUUUGAUUUUGCUGAAAAUAAAUGAUUUGAAAUAAAUUAAGUUGUAUAAUUUAUAUUUGUAUAUAUUAUAACUCAUUAAAUAAUCUCUAAUUCAUUUAGA